GCGCCAUGAGCGGGAGCGGGAGCCGGGCGGCCGCCGCCACAGCCCCGAAGCGGGCCCGGUACCGCCCUCCUCACCCCCGUCGCCAUGACGACGACGACGACAAUGACGAGGACGAGGUGGAGGAGGAGGAGGAGGACGACGACGUGGAGGACGGCCAGGGCCCGGAGCCGAGCCGCUGGGACGCCCCGCAGCUGCUCCGACGGGUCCGAGGAAACCAAGUCACGGGCGCAAAGUUACCUUGCCUCGACAAAGCUGGUCUCGAAAAACUCAGAUUAAGCUCCCGGGACGAGCAGCAGCAGCUGCUGAGCUGCAUCCGGGACCUCUCCCUGCCGAACCCCGUGGACAAAAUGAAGGUGUUCAACGAUCCUAUUCACGGCCACUUCGAUCUCCACCCCCUCCUCGUCCGCAUCAUCGACACGCCCCAGUUCCAGCGCCUCCGCUACAUCAAGCAGCUGGGGGGCACCUACUACGUCUUCCCAGGAGCCUCCCACAACCGAUUUGAACACUCCCUGGGGGUCGGCUACCUGGCUGGAUGUUUGGUCAGAGCCCUGCAAGAGAAGCAGCCAGAACUGCAGAUCAGCAACAGGGACCUGCUCUGUGUUCAAAUCGCCGGGCUCUGCCACGACUUGGGUCACGGGCCCUUUUCCCACAUGUUUGAUGGAAGGUUCAUUCCCCAGGCCCGCCCGGAUAAAAAGUGGAAGCACGAAGUGGCAUCCAUCGAAAUGUUCGACCACCUGGUUUCCGCCAACAAGCUGGAAGCGGUCAUGGAGUCUUACGGUCUCGUCCUGCCCGAGGACUUGGAUUUCAUCAAGGAGCAGAUCGGAGGGCCCACUGAGGCCUGGUCCGAGGACGCCUCGAUGAGGUCACUUGUCGACGGCCACCAGGAGGACUCCGCCCUCUCCCCGUGGCCCUAUCAAGGCCGGCCCGAAGAAAAGAGCUUUCUCUACGAGAUCGUGGCCAACAAGAGGAACGGCAUCGACGUGGACAAGUGGGACUACUUUGCCAGGGACUGCCACCACCUGGGAAUCCAGAAUACCUUCGACUACAAGCGCUUCAUCAAGUUCGCGCGGGUCUGCGACGUCGACAAGAAGAAGCACAUCUGUACCAGAGACAAGGAAGUUGGCAAUCUCUACGACAUGUUCCACACGAGGAACUCCCUCCAUCGCCGCGCGUAUCAGCACAAGGUCGGCAACAUCAUCGAAACCAUGAUCACCGACGCCUUCCUCAAAGCGGACCCCUUUGUGCAGAUCCGCGGGGCCAAGGGCCAGGAAACGUUCCGGAUCUCCACCGCCAUCGACGACAUGGAAGCCUAUACCAAGCUGACCGAUCACAUCUUUCUGGAGAUCUUGCACUCCUCGGAUCCCAACCUGGCGGAGGCCCAGGAGAUCCUGCACAAAGUGGAACGCCGGGAGCUGUACAAGUACGUGGGCGAGACGCAGCCGUCCCACGACAGGAAGAUCUGGCCCGAGGAGUACGAUAAACUCCGGAGGGAAGUCGCCGCGUCUUCUCCGACCGGCAUCGACUUGAAGGCGAAACUGACGGCGGAGGACUUCAUAGUGGACGUUAUCAACAUGGAUUACGGCAUGAAAGACGAAAAUCCCAUCGACAAAGUCCGCUUCUACUGCAAGAGCAACGAGAGCCAAGCCAUCAUCAUCACCAAAGACCAGGUGUCCCAGUUCCUGCCGGAGAGAUUUGCCGAACAGCUCAUCCGCGUCUACUGCAAGAAGACCGACGACGAGAGCCUGUUUGCCGCCAGGCACCAUUUUGUCGAGUGGUGUAUGAAGAAUAACUUCACCAAGCCACAGGAUGGGGACAUUGUGGCCCCGACACUGACGCCCCGGAAACCCAACUGGAAUAGAUCGUCCGCCCUCCAAGACGGGAAGAAGGCCAGAACCAGGCUGUAUAAGUGACCGCCGGCCGCGGGAAGACCCCCCCCCCUCCCGGCCGUCUCGGGCCGGAGGACGUCUGCCCCGCUCGGCGUCUGGCUCCGGUGUCCGUGGUGAACUCCCGGCGGGGGGGAGGGGGUGGUCCUUUUAUAACGGGGGGGCCGGGGCGCGGCAUUCCCCAUUGGAGCAUCCUCACGCUCCGUCAGGAAUACCGACAGCCUCCAGGGAGGGGCACGGGAGGCGGGUUCGGGAGACGCCCCCGGGCCACCCGACGUACCUCGUGGAGGGUUUUGAGUUGGAUGUCCCCCCUCAUGCUCCGAGAACUCUUCGAGCCAGAAAUAGACGUAUCGGGGACCCCCGCUCCCCGGCGAAAGCCUCCUAUGUGUGGGAAGACUGAAGCGAUCCCGAUCCUCACGUCCUCUCGCCGUCCCCCUCCUCCUUCCCCUCUGCUUCUCUCCUCCGCUUCUCACCUCUGCGACUCACGGGGGGCAAGUCUGACCGGGCCCCGGGCCGGCGAGAUCUGCCAAGCCGUCGGGCUCACAUCCGCGGGCCUCCGCCCCCCGGGAUAGGAGGCCGUCCUCCAUCCGGGGAAGCGGGACGAGGGGCUUUCCUCAGGGGUCCGGAUGGUUCGCACGCUAGCCGUGGCCUGAGGACCUCGCAGAACCGUCCAUCCUCCGUCCUUCCCUCCCUCCCCGAAUGUCACGUGCUGCUCAGCCUUUCCUGGGCUUACUGUUGGAAAGCAUCAUCCGCUAGCAAACCUCGCUCACCACCAGGCCCGAGUCUCAACUGACCGAAAAUCGAAUAGUCGGUGGGCUCGGGGCCGGCGGCGACCAACGGGCCGCCUGGGGUCACACACGCACAUAUGGAGUCGCCGUCUACCUCCCCCGCAAGUUCCCAAAGGAGCGGGGUGUCCCGUCCACUUCCCCGCCCCGACACCGGACUGGAGGAUCGUUGUGGGGCCGGUUUCAGGGGCCGGGGGAGGCCCGGGCCCUGCCGGCUGAAAGGGACAACGGAAGGAUUCGGGGGAGAGCUGGGACCGCAGCCGGGCCAAGAGCAUCCCGCGGUUGCCGUCGGCGACCACCCGCCUCACCCUCGGUUUCCCGGAGGGGCCCUGCCUCGCGGCGGGCUCUCCCCAGGGGCGCGUCGGGACGUGAGUACGCAAACCGGGGUCUCGUAUCUUUUGAUUUUACUGUGCAAAAGUCAGCAUCUCACCCCGCCCCGUCCCCGUGGCCC